UUGCUUCCUUUGCACACUCCACAGUUCUGGAAUUCUCCGGGGUUACCCACCCCGGAGACGCAUCUAGAUAAAUGGCCAGGGUUUGGGUCAAGUCCGAAUCAUCGCCCACUUGUUGCGUCGCACUUCCCCAUGGCUGAGAACAGCGUUAAACGCAUUUCAAAAUCAAACUUCCCCGCAGGAGUUGACGACGCAACCAUCAUCAGCCCCACAGCCUCCAGUAUCGGUUCAUCCGCCACGAGUGGCGCCACAGCAACCACCUUGGCGGAAGUUUUUGAAAUUAUUCUCAAGAUUCUGUGCGGCAAAGACAGCCGUUUCCCACUCACGAAUGCGACGGAAGAGGCAAAGACGCAGGCUUUUGACGAGCUGAUGGCCAAGGUUAAAACCAUAUUAUUUUCAAACAAGAUUCCCAUUCAGAUGGCCUCCGACAUCAACCCAUCGAUGUCUUGA